AUGAGUUCCGAGUAUUAUAAAAGCAAAACGCUAUUGGAGAAUUUUACCGCUUUAGAGCAGCUAACCAACACCCCGCAAGAAAGUGACAAUCAUAUCAAGUGGAGUAGUGAAGUGCGAUAAGAGCCAAAACAGGUCUUGCAAGACCUAUGGGUCUGUCGAAAGAUCCUUGAAUUAAACACAUAUACUAACGCGUUUUCUAGGAUACAUGUGGUCCUAUAAACCCAAGGUUCGAAUGGGGACUCGGUCAAUUACCCAAGACCUUACAUUCGUUUGGCUUGUGUCGAAAUGGAGGAUCGCGUUUCCGUCCCCACAAAUUUCGAAUCAAAAUUUUUAUUGUGGCAAGUUUUCUUUUUAGUGGGAACUUCUGUGACAAAAAAUAUCGUUUUUCAAGUUAAGGAAUUGCAUGAGGGUUGGGGCGCUCCAAAGAAACCACGCCAACAAUCAUCGUCGUCCCCGAAGGAGCUUCUUGUAAGAAUUUUUCUCGUUAAACACUCCCCCCAUCGUCGACAAAGGGAACUUAUAGCAUAGAGAUGUGGCCUGAGUCCGUUGUAAAUUCGAGUGUGUGUAUGUCUUUUAUAUAUGUUAAUUUUUGACACCGAAUGCAAUGGGUUUAUUUACAAACUCUCAUUAUGGUUCGCGAACAAAAGAAUGAGAGGUAAAAAACAUUAA